UUAGUCAAGUGCAACAUGGCUAUAAGGUUGCUUGAUACAUUGCUAAAGCUCCAACUUUUGAUAAUCGCAGGGACUUUGUUGUUCCGUGGCGUUAGCUACUCGUUGGAAUGUUAUGCCUGUGAUUCGGCCGAGGAUCCAGAAUGUGCCACACGGCCGGGCCAACAGCUGGAGGUGGAAGAGUGCUCCGGGGCUACUGAUCUGUGUGUUACUUCAAUCACAGCCGGAUUAACGCGUCGCGGAUGCUUGGGACGUCUGUAUCCGAAUGGCUAUUGUGCUGCUCCCUGUGAUAGCUGCAACACGAGUCUGUGCAAUCGUCAUGUCUUUCCCACAGAUCGUCUACGUUGCUAUCAAUGCAGUGGCUCCACUUGCAUCGACGUGGCAAAUAGACCAGAACUCCUACUACCCUGCCCCGUCUACAAUGAGGAUGAUCGUUGCUAUACAAACAUUUUGCAUCUAUCCAAUACAAUGCGCGGAUGUGAGCACACCAAUUUGCCCGACACCUGUCCCCAUGUGUGCCUCAAGUGCAAUUAUAAUGGCUGCAAUUCGGAAUUGACGGUGACCGAGAGCCGCUGUCUGCAGUGCACUCACAUGAGAUUGUCACCCAAUCCGGAUUGUCUGCGUGAACAGGCGCUGAUCAAUGAUGAUGAGACUGUGCAAUGUGCUCUGACCAAUGAAACAGUCACCCAGUGUGUCAAUAAGGUUAUGCUGGGACACCGGGAACAAUGUUACACACAUCUCAAUACACAAACCGAGGUCCUGCAACGUGGUUGCUCGACCACAAUGGGUUUUUUUCCCACUGGGGAAUUGACUCAAUGCUAUGGCGAUUAUUGCAAUGCCCAGUGUCAAGAUAUUGCCUGUGGUACUUGCAAUUCCACCAGUAAUCCCAAUUGCCGUACUGGUAUCAAUCUAUCCACGGAGAAGUGUGCUGCCGGCACCGUUGCCUGUUAUGCCUGUGAGCAAGAUACCUUUCUUCGUCGCGGCUGUGCCGAUGCUGAUUUCAUCCCAGCCACUGACCAGGGGGAGACAUGUCAAUUGUGUCGAAGUAGCGAUAAUUGUAAUCGCUAUUCCGUACGUAGUUGCUAUCGCUGCAAUAGCCAGGAACAGGAUGAUGAUGAUUGUGCCGAAAUGAAUCUGCCAUCGGCCAUGACAAUCAGCAAUUGCACCGAUCCCAUGGAGCUGUGUGUCAGCACUGUGAUAAGUCGCUUAAAUCUCAUCUACACGGUACGCGGCUGUGCCUCCCAAGUGCCCGAAUGCAGCGCGAAUGAUCCGUACUGUGUGAAAUGCAAUGGAAGCCUGUGCAAUAAUAUACCUACCCAGUGGGCUAUGGAGAAGAUCGAACAGAGCAAUAUUCAUUUGCUCGAUUCGCCCAAACAGCAAAAACAACGUUGGGCGGCAUUGACGCUUCUCAAAUAUUUGUGGCCAGAUCCGUGAGAUUCUCCCCCAAAUCCCAACCCCGUUGAGCCACCAUUCUGUUAAGUAAUGUGAUUUUCUUUCAUGAAUAAAUAAAUCAAACUGAAA